UACGCUCAGCCAGGCGAGGGGUAGGAGCCGUGGAGCUGUGGGGGCAGUUCCGUAACACUUUUACCGAUUUUAAAUGUCGUUAAUACCAGCCAGCUGAGUCGGCUAUUUUUUGGAGUGCCCGCAUUGAAGACAACAACUUGAACUGGACAGUCGUAGCUGUGGUAAUAUGUGGGUAGCCUACCGCAUCUUUUUGGAAACGAAGCUGCCGUAAUUUUACCUUGACGCCGUUUUAAAAAGUUUGAUGGCUGAAAGAAAUGUUCUCCAAGAAUGGAAAUAGAAGACGUGUCGGUCAGGGAGCAACAGUUCCACGGGCGCGUGCGAGAGACUCUAAUCUGUGUCCUUCUUUUCAGCUGCCUCUACAUUCUCUCCUACCUCAUUCUCACUCACUUCAAGAAAAAUGCAGAGUUUGUCACCGAUGACAUUGAAGAUGCCACAGUCAACAAGAUUGCGUUGUGGCUGUGUACGUUCACGUUGUCGGUGGCGGUAGGGGCGGUGCUCCUGCUGCCCAUCUCCAUUCUGUCCAAUGAGGUGCUGCUCACCUUCCCACAGAGCUACUACAUGCAGUGGCUCAACGGAUCACUCAUCCAUGGCCUGUGGAAUCUGGUGUUCCUGCUCUCCAACCUCUCCCUGGUCUUCCUCAUGCCCUUCGCCUACUUCUUCCUGGAGUCCGAGGGCUUCGCAGGCUCUAAAAAGGGUGUGAUGUCGCGUGUGUAUGAGACGGCGGUGAUGCUGCUACUGCUGAGUCUGCUGGUGCUGGGCAUGGUGUGGGUGGCCUCCGCACUGCUGCACCACAGCCCCAGAGCCAGGGAGAGCCUCUACGACCUGUGGGAAUACUACCUGCCCUAUCUCUACUCUGGCAUCUCACUGUUUGGAGUGCUACUGCUCUUGUUGUUUACCCCUUUUGGCAUGUCGAAGAUGUUCAGCAUCACUGGCAGCCUACUGGUGAAGCCCCGGCUCCUGGAGAAUGUGGAGGACACGAUGAGCUGUGCGGUGCUGGAGGAGGCCUCUCUACGCAGGAAGCUGAAGAGUAAUCCCUCUUGCUAUCUCAACAUGGAGUCCAUCAAGGAGCAGUUUCUCAACGUUCAAGCUCAGCGCAUUUCUCUAGAAAUGCGCCGAAGGGCAUCUCCAUGGCAACGUAACUUGGCCUACCCACUGGCCAUGCUCCUGCUGCUCGCCCUCACGAUGGUGUGUGUGCUGGUGGUGUGCUUCCAUGUCCUGGAGCUGCUGUUUGAUGAGAGAGCCAUGCCCAGAGGAAUGGAGAACCCUCGGCUAGGCUUGGCCUCCAUCUCCAUAUUCGGUUCUCUGGGAGCAGCAGUGGAGGUGGUGCUCAUACUCUACCUGAUGGUGUCAUCAGUGGUGGGCUUCUACAGCUCCUCUCUCUUCUCAGGCCUGCUGCCCCGCGCACAGGACACCACCCUCACACAGAUCAUUGGGAACUGUGUGUCUUUGUUGGUACUCAGCUCGGCCUUACCCGUCUUUUCACGCACACUUGGCAUCACCAGGUUUGACCUGCUGGGGGACUUUGGCCGCUACAACUGGCUGAGUAACUUCCACAUCGUGUUCCUGUACAACGUGCUGUUCGCUGGCCUCACCUCCGCCUGCCUGAUGAACACCCUCACCUGGGCACUGCAGAGGGAGCUCAUCAAAGCCUUCGGUCUCCACAAGCUGCCGCAGACUGUCUCGCGCUCCACCAUCCCCUUCAAGCUGCUGGUGGCCAGCGGCCUCUCCAGGAUCCAGUGAAGAGCAAACGUCAGAUCCACUGGAUUUGUUGAGAGGAACACCUCAGAUCCACUGAAUCCGCUGAAUAGCCAACAUCAUAUCCACUGGAUCCAGUGAAGAGCCAACAUCAGAUCCACUGGAUCCAGUGAAGAUGCAUCAGAUCUACUAGAUCCAUUGGAUCCGCUGGAUUUGUUGAAAAGCACACAUCAUAUUUGCUGGAUCCAGAGAGAGGUACACAUUAGAUCAAGUGGAUCCAGUGAGAUGCACAUUCUGCUGCGGUGAAAUGCAUAACAUCAUAUCCACUGGAUUUGUUGAGAGGAACACCUCAGAUCCACUGAACCCAGUGUGAAGCAUACAUCAUAUUCACUGGGUCCAGCUCAGGGUGCCCAUUAGAUCCACUGGGUCCAGUGAGUGGCAGUGGCACCCAUCAGAUCUACUGGAUAUGGUGAGACACGCUAAUUGGGUCUACACAUUGACCAACUGGAUUGGAGAUGUGUCAUCUCCCUUGUUGAUGGUGACCACUUCCUUGGCUCCAAACACAGCCAGGGCCACUGGGUGUCUGUGGAUGGAUGGACAUGGAUGGGUGGCGGGAUUGAAGAGUGACUUGGGAGGGUGUGAGUUGACAGAGCAGACAUGCUUAUGGGGACAGUCCCCAGCCUGCCCACUUUGCCAGAGGUUGACAUGACUGCCCUUGGGUGCUUGGAUUUCUUUUUCAAGGAAUCGGUGACCAAAGUGUUGAAGCCCCAAAUAGACAUGAAGCUAUUGCAGUGUCCUCGGACACCACAACAAGCAGCAGCAACAACAGCAGCAGCAGCACCCAGCAUCUGUUGACGUGCCCUUGGACCAGUGCCUUAACGCCACCCCAUAAGCAACUCCCACCCAUCCUUAUAGGCUGGCACUCGAGUCAUUUCCUCUUCCAAGUUAAUGGAUGGCACAGCUUCUCCCCUUAAGUUAUACCCUUGCCCUGUCGUACGGCCAACUUGCACCCACCCCCACCCCCACUCCAACCCAAACCCUAAGGUUUCCCUCUGACACAUCCUUCAUGCCUGAGCCUGAGAGAGAAGCUUACUGCUCCACUCACAGGCUCACUGUUGCACUGCUAAAGGGAGAUGAUUUAAAGGAAAUUCUUCCAUCAGUCGUCACACGGGAGUGCACCUGUCAGAUGAACUGUAGGGAAGACAUUGAGAGUUGCUUUUUUAAAGGCAUUGGAUGAGUAAAUGUACAUGGAAGUUCAUGUCUCGUUUGUGUUUUUUUUUUCUUCCUAUGACGCUCCUACACUCAGUCUAGACGAAGCUUCACACUAAAUGAACUGAGGUUAAAAAACUGAGGGGGGAGGAAAAAACAAAAAAAUAAUGUGUAUCAGGUGAUGCUGGUCGAGGUGUUUGGAAAUUCCAACUGCCUUAGACCAUAUUAACUGUGAUGAUUCAUUCAUAUCAAUACUGUAAAUCUUUUUUUACUCUGUGUUGUAUGAAUCAAAGUGCAAUAUUAUUAUAUUUGAUGUUCAGACAUUUAAUGUGAUGGUAGGCAUUGAAGGACUCUGGGCCCUCAAUAAUAUCCAAAACCUUUUUUGAACCAGCUCUGUGGAAAUGUGCAAUACAUAAGUGUGUGCCGUUAUUCUGCAAAAAAUAUUCUUUAAAAAAAAAGGUUUGAAAAUUAAAAUUAUGCUCUGUGUUUUUUAUAUUGUUUCAACAUAAUGGAAAAGGGGUUUUAGUUUUAUGUACAUAAUAAUACUGAAUGACUGAGCCGGAAUGACUGAGCCGGAGAAUGAUUUUCUUGGGGCUACUAAUUUUCUUAAAUGUAGAGGAACAUUGUUGUACAAUUCAUGCACGCCCUUCCUCAUGUGCCAAUGACAAUCCCAAUCCCAUUCAGAUGACCUGUUUGUUUAGACUAAUGGGUGGGAGGGUGACGAGAGCCUUGGGUUUUCUAAAUGUUGAAUGUGAUCCCCCUUUUUCCCUGUAACACUAUGAAGAAGCACAUUAUCUGAAUGACCUUAAAACACUAUCUUCUCUCAAAGCGAUGCUGUACCAUUCCUGGAAAUAAGCUUAUUUUACCCCUCUUCUUCAGUUAAAUAAUUGAGUUUUACCAUUCUCCUAUUCUUUCAGCCAUUCUCGUUGUCUGUUGAUUCUACUUCUAGUCACAAGCCAGCAAUUGUCAUUGAGUUUUACCUUUCUGCUAGCUGGACCCAUAAGAUUCAAUCAUUUCAUUGAAGAGGAGGUGUAAUAUUGGCUUAUUUCCAGAAAUGGUACAGUGUCUCUUUAACUCAAUUGGUUGUGGUUCACCUGUUCCCCUUAAUAUCCAAACUAGGGCCUGUGAGUUGCCUCACAAUGGCUGACAUGGCCUGGCCUUGCCUAGCCAGACUGUGGAGUGGGUUCAUGGGGUGCGUGAGGAGUUAUUUGCAUGAUGAUGGCACACUUUGUUUCGCUGAACAUGUCGCUAGUGAGGAGAGUUGCCAUUCGUCUUGUGACCUGCAGGGGGCACUGUGCUGCAGAUGUCCACAUGUGGUGCAUGGACGUCCUCUCUUCUACAAACCCCUUUUCCUCCCUCUGUCACAUCAUGGUGGAUAAACUGAAUAUAAAUUAUAGCCGCGCUAAAUUAUUUACAUCUGGCCACUGAAACUGUCCCCCACUGCCCAAACAUGUUUUUACUCUAAACGCCCCAAUGUAUAUCUUUUUAUAACCCUCUUGGCUAAUUAUGUGUAACUCAAUGGAUGGAUAUAGAAUAUAUUUUCUCCUUCCUUUUAACUUUUUUGUUUUGUUGUCACAUGACUUGUUUCAAAUGUUUGAAUAGUUGCAGUGAAUGUCACACGGAAACCAAAGAGGCUUAUCUUGGUCAGUUUGUGUUUUAUUGGGCUGUACUGCAUCUUACACAUGGGUCAGGGAUGGUGUCUGUUUUUGAAGGAGAAAAUCAACAAUAUUUGUGGACAUUAAAUAUUUAUUCCAGGAGACAUUUUUAAAAGUGGGACCACUGUUGUGAAUGGGAUUGCAAGCGUUUCAGAUAAUUCAACUGUGAAUCUGUUCUUGUAGAGAAUGUUUGUUUUGAUGACUGCAAUUUUUUAUCGGUAAUUUAUUUACCUUUAUAUUAUACAUUUGUAACUCAUAAUGCCUGUUUUUAAAAAUGGGGAAAUGAAUAAUAAAUGUAUCCCUUAAACCAUUA